GGUAUUCAGUGUUGCACAACGCUGAGUUACAUGACCUAACCAAGGUGCGUUUGAUAAGUAAAACCCUCAGUUUCUCUGUCCUAAGAUGACCAAUUGUCCAAGAUGUCUCCAGCAGCAGGACGAGUCUUCAGCGGUCUGACACGAGUUGCUUUCAGUCGAGGGACAUUUGUUUACAACGUUUCACCGACCGUUGGCAGACUGAACGGUGUACGGUCCCUAGCUCUGAGCUCUCAGAGGUCAGCUAAGUCCAAAGAUGGUGACGAAGAGGUGAACAAUGAGCCCAUCAAGUUCUCCACCAGCAAAGCCAGUCACAGAACCUGGAAAGUUGACCGCGCCAUGGGGAAACAGUUUGAGCAGCCCUGGUGGAAGGUCCUCCCCAUCAGCCUGAUAUUCAGCGGCUUCAUACUGUGGUGUGCACUCAGAAGUCAGACAGACAUUGACUCGCAGCUGGAGAAGCAGCUGUAUGAGCAUUUACCCAGUUUGCUUUUGGAAGAACAGGAGGAAGAAGUCCGAAAUAAAUCAAGUUAACAAAUAUGGGACUUGAGAUGUGUAUAUAUUUUGCUUUAUAUUUAUUAUGAAAUGUGUCUGUAGUAUUUCAGGCUGUGGCACCAACUCAUUGCUCUGACAACACUGAAGAUGUAGCGGUUAAGCCGUCCAGUGCUAUGAAAACUACUUUUCUCAGCAAAAAAAAAAAAAAAUGUAGAGUGUCGAUCAUACAUUGCCUUUUGUUAAUUUUCAGUU